CAAAAUGGUCGCUGAAGUCUGAAGGCAACAAUGGAAGUCAAAAGAAGUGAACUUCACAAUGGGUAUUAGUACCAAUUCCUUUAUUUUAAAACUAAAUAAAGAGCAAAAAUAAAAGCUAAUGUGCCUGGAGUAUAGCAUGGACAGAUAGAACCGGCAUUAUUUUAGUUUAUACAUAUAUUUUUAUAUUUUCAUGUUUAUAUAUAUGUCGAUUUCAGUAUUUACUCGUAAAAUAUAUGGAUAUUAGUACUAAUUCCUUUAUUUUAAAACCAGAUAAAGAUAAAAAUAAAAGCCAAUAUGCCUAGAGUAUAGCAUGGAUAGGUAGAACUGGCAUUAUUUUAGUUCAUAUUUUUCAUGUUUUAUAUAUUUCCGUUUGAGUUACAUUUUAAAAUUCAAAUAUAUCGUUGAACGGUCAUUGACCUUGGCAUAGGAAUAGAAUUCGAAACCAUUUAAUAUUAUUCAUUAAUUCUAGUCACGUUUUGUCUUUAGGACGAAGUUAUUGUCUGUUAUUGACCGUCUGUCAUGUCAAAAUGAAGACAAUUAUAGAUUAAUACCACAGGUAAAAAAAUACAAAGUGAUGUUGUAAACUUUAUAAAACAACGGUAACUCCGAAAAUAAACAUUUUGAUAUUCUAGCUUUCGACUAUUCAUUCAUCAUCAGUUGAUGAUGACUGACUCUUAGUCGAAAGCUAGAAUAUUAAAAUGUUUAUUUUCAGAGUUACUGUUGUUUUAUAUUAUAUUAAAAUACUCAGUGGUUCCCGUAAUUGUUGUAAACUUUACUUAUGCACAUAUCAACGGCCUGCCCGGGGGGUACACCCCCGGGACAACCGGGGGGAAACGAGGGGGAAUUUGGUAUUUUAUCCGUGUAUUCUGCCCGUGAACCCCGGGGAAAUUACAAACUUCGCAAUAAUAGGACGACGGGGGAGGGGAAGUAGGGGACUUUGACGUGACAAUUGGAAUUUUAUAAAUGAAGUGAACAAUUGGUGCGAACUCAAAAUCGCAGGCUCACGGAGAAAAAUAUCGAUCGCCAACUUAUUAUUUAUGAUAUUUUGUAGUGGUCUUGCUAAAAUUUGAAUAAAUAAAUACAGAAUACAUGAGUGAGUGCCAUUGUGAUACCCCAGUUUGUAUGAUAAUUUCAGGGUGUUAGCCAGAAAAUUUUUUUGGACCGAUCAAAGUCCUUGUGUAGGAAUAAAUAGUGUUUUUUCCAACGUGUUUCUUCUUAGAUGCAAACAACAGUGGCUUCGUUUUUUCUAUUUCAUUUCCGGUGAAUGAACACGGAUGCACACCGAUGGCACUUUGUUUUGUACAUUUCAUUUCAGUGAAUACACACCCAAUAUGAAUGAAACACGAUACAUUUUGAGAAAAUAGUUAAUGGAAAAAGUAAAUAAAACAUUCUUUCAUAUAAUAAUAUAAUAUAAAAUCAAAUGCAAUGCACUUUCUCAUCAGAAAAAAUGAAAAUCUUCCAGUAGACCCAGUUGGGAAAGCCCCUUAACUACUUCAAUUGGGAAGAGUCCGUCAAACGGACAGUAUAUGGGCUAGCUAACACCCUGAAUUUUUAAUUGUUUGUAUGCUAUUUAUAUUAUGAACUACUUUAUUCUAAGCCCCAGGGGGAGGGCAGUUUGACUUACACGUUUCCCGGGGGAGGGAGGGGGAAUUAAUGCAUUAGAAUCAUGUUUUUUCAAAGUCCCGGGGGUGUACCCCCAGGGCAGGCCGUUGAUAUGUGCAUUACAAUGUAUAAAAACACACUAUGACUGAAGUAUUGAAGAAUGUGUUUUAUAUAAUAGCUACAGUGAAGCACGCAAUUUGAUUGGUCAAUAGCCGUGCAGGAUCAGGCUAUCCUGCACAAGGAAUUAAAAUGUCUUCGCGGGAUUCUCAAAAUGUCAUUGUUUCACUGUAGUUUAUAUUUUAUAAAACAAUUACCAAAUGGUUUUCCAAGCAGGAUAGCGUGAUCCAUGCACUUGGGAUGCUGCUCGACUUUCGGAAAGCAUAAAAAUACAUUCGCCUGUGGCUCGAGUAUUUUUACGCUUCUCGCGACAUCCCAUGUGCAUGGAUCAUGCAAUCCUGCACAGAAAACCAUUCAGUAUUACUUGUACUAGUACUUAGCUGUAUUAUCAAGUGUAUUUAUGGGUAAACCAUGAUAGAAAGUUCAUCUGUCACUUGUAACUUGAGCGUAUAUUAGAACCCAUUGCUGCAUAAUUAAUGGCUUGACAAGUGGCAGAUUAUGACAUUGAAUGCCAAGUUUAUUGACAUCACCUCCAAUGAACGCUAUGAGGUCAAAUCCAAUAAUGGGCCUUCGCUCGAAACACCAAUUUUUCUCCUUGUAUCUUUCGGGUUGUUGCAUCUCUACCAACCGAAGUUUUGUUACACACAGAUACUACUAGUUCAGUUUACUCAGCAAUGCACUUCACUUAAAAAUGCUGUCUGCCAUUAGACUAGAAAGUUUGGAAAUUGCACACCUGAUAUUUCAAAAAUUCAAUAGUAAAUAUUAAUAGAGAGCUCCAAUAUGUCAGUUGUACAUUACAACCUUUCCAUACUUGAAAGUGCAUUUUGGCACAUCAGUUAGUUUGGUUAAAAGGUGGCAAUGUGCCUUGAUAUGCUCUACUUGAGUAUUUUACUCUGUCUAAUCCCAGAUGAUUUCACAUGUCAAGGGGAGGGUGCUACCACACAUUGAGCUGCAAUGUGCCUAUUAAAAUGCAUGCAACUUCAUAUUUUACUCUGUCUAACACCAGAUGAUUGUCAAGGGGAGAGUGAACUUGUAUAUUAAUGGAUUUAAAAAACCUGUUAAUGCCCAACACUUUUCAUUGUUGAGUAAAAUAAAGGUAUUUUCCUUUUUAACUAAGGUACAUGCAGAUGCGUUGCAGCUUUAAUGGGUUAAGAUAUUGUGUAUUCAUAAGAAACCAGACAUGAAUUAAUUUGUUUGUUCAAUCAUGAAGGAAAAAUAAUUCAUCCAUGCGCCACCCACCUCCUCCCCCUCCCCCCUGUGGAUAUUCUAUUUUAUAGUAAAGAUUCUAUAAAGUUAACAUUGAAAUUUCUUAGUUAUUAUCAUUAUAACAUAACAUUGAGGCUCUAAUGUUAAAUAUCAUGCUAUGUUGAAAACAAAAGUACCUGGGUUGUAUUCCAAACAAAUAAUUUUACAAUAUUUCAUUUAGCCACGAUGUAUUACCCUUGUGUGGCCGACUUUGUUAUAAUUGUAAUGUAUGAAAGCCAGACAAUUUUAGUUGAUGAAGUGAUUUUCAAGAAUACGGUUCACUUGCAAACCUAUGAAAAGGCAGUGUAGGUAGAUAGAGACGAUAGGCAGAACUUCAAACGGUAGGGAGAACUUCAACGUUUUGAGCGAAUUAAGGCCCUUUUUUGGGAAGCUAGUCAUCCCGAUGAAUGGCCUUUGAUCGAUAUCCUUACACACUGCAGCUACUUGCAAACCUAUAUAAUUCAUGGUUAUGCUAUUCAUUCACAACCGGGGGGGUGCGCACUUGGUUUGCAAUUUUUCCUCAUUGUCUCAUAGAUGUCACUGAUGACACGAUUUUUGAGUACCACUUAGAAAAAUCAUUCAUGAGUGACUUAUUUAUAGACUGGUUCUCCUAACUUUGCUUUGUAUUGUGCUCUCUAGGGUAUUGCAAGCAAGAACAAAGAUGACAAAUCUGAUAACGUGAGGUGAGAAAACAAGUGUUUUUGUUUUUAGACAGUAAAGUAACAGUUACAUGUAUAGGAAGGUACAGAAGGAUUAUUCAUAUUACAUGAUAUAUAUGUAAAUAUACAGAAUCACAGCGCGUUCAUAUAAUAUUAUGCACAAUACAAGCUAGGACAUGUAAUGCACUCCCUACUUUGGAUAAGAUGGUCUAUGUUGCAAUCUUGUUUCGUGUUUGUACUGUGUUCUGUUGUUUUGUAUUUGUUCUGUAACAGGCUCACGCUGUGUUAGUGUUCCUGAGGCUGAGCCGUUUUCCUGUUAGUACUUUCCUUGUUUAUAUUCGUGUUAACGACCUAAGUAGUAAUACAUAUUAAAUAAAACCAAAUGUAGCCCUAGCCCGUCGUGAGAAAGUUUGGAAAAUUAAUCUACUGUAUUUGUUGAAAUUGGCAAAACUGAUCCGUGAUGUUGUAAUGUUUUGAUGGAUAAUGGGAACUGUAUGGUGUUAAAAUGGUUUAAAUUUUAAAUACCCCCAAUAGUUGCUGAAAUAACUUAAUAUUUUAAUGUCCGUGCGCAAUAUGAGUGUAUGCUAGCCUUGUAUUUGGUUGCAAAGCAUAGAACAACCACAAGCAUUAUUGUUGGCAAGCGUAACUAGAACCGUGAUUUUUCUAUUCAAGGUAAUUGACAUGUGCACGCCCUGGUCAUUAGAAACACGCCCAAGAUCUAAAAUCCUAGCUAAGACCCUGUCAGACAUGUUUACUUGACAUGGUAUAGUGUUGUGUGCUAGUGUAGUCGACCAUGCAGAUUAUAUUGCCUAUCUGCACCCAAAUCUUCGCCCAAAUCUGCACCCAAAUCUGCCUUACUUUGUUGUACAGUGGAAUCGCAUUAAUACGGUCAAGGACGGGUCGAAAAAUUUGGGGUAGUUUUUAUACGGAAAGUACCGUGUUUCUUGGCGUUUUUCUGGGACUUGUAAUAAAGAGGUAACCGUAGUGUAAUGUUAAGCAGAGUUCCAUUGUAUUUCUGUCUGUCUAUAUCUGGGUUUCAGUCACGUGAUACGUUUUAAUAGCGCUUGGUGGUCAACUCCAAAUGGAAACACAUUUAUCAGAUCGAGUUAAAUAUUCAUUAUAAGUAUUGAUCUUGUGUUUGGUACAUCAAAUAUAUGCAAUUUAACGAAAUUUACUUGCUUCCACACGGCGUAUAAAGCGGCAAUAUGUGAAGGUGACCACCAAGCGUUUCCCUAUUGUGUAAGUCUUGAGUGAAACCCACCUAUUGCCAAACAGAUAGCUGCGGUGUGAGAGAAAUAGAACUAUCUGAAAAAUAUAUAACCGGAACUUCGAUGUUUCAAGCGAAGGCCCUUGUCGGGAAGUUAGUGGAGUGAAUCAGGUUUAUGAAGCAGUUUACUUUUCAACAGGAAAUUGUUCGGAAUUAUUACUAAUAACCGGUUGAAUAUGAACUGUUUAAUAUUACAGUAUUAAAAAGUAUAAUAUUUCCUGUUUAUGUUCUAAACGUUAGCUUUUAUGUUUUAUUUUUGUAAUAUACAGGACAAGAAGAAAACAGAAGAUGAAUUUCAAACACCAAAAAAAAUUCCCAGAGAAAGGUGUAUUGAAAUUAAAAGAAAAUGCCUUGGGGGAGUUUUAUGAAGUUAUCAAUUUGAAUGAAUACCCAUAUGUCUCAUAUCAAACAAAUAAAGGAGGUUUGCCGAUCCCAGCUGAUUUCCAAUUGACAUUAAAACCAGGCAUCCCAAAGGGAGUAAAACCUUCAAUGUGUUUUUGCAAACCACCAACCAAAAGAAAAAGCAAAAAUGAAAAUGUAAACCAAAAAUAUGGUUCAGGAUUCAAUUCAGAGAUUCAAUCAAAAGAAAUUUCAUGUAUCGAAGGAAACAGUAAAAAUGAUAAUGUUGCCCAAAAAGAUUAUUCACAAUUUUAUUUAGACAUUUUAUCAAAGGAAGGCUCUCGUUCAUCUGUAAUUCAAUACGCCUCGUGUUCAUCAAAUAAUAACCAAAACGAAGAUAAGCAAGUAUGCCAUGAUAAACAAUUAAAUGAUAAUCAGAAACGGGCUAAUGAUAAACAAAUUGAUAAUAAACAAACAGAUGGUAAGCAAAAUAAUUAUGAACAUAUAAAUGGUAAACAAACACAAAAUGCUCAAACAGACGUUAAACAAAUUGGUGAUAAACAAAUUAAUGAUAAACAAAACAGUGGUAAACAAAAAGAUGAGACACAGCACGUACAUGAUGAACAAAUCGAUGAUGGAAAAAUAGAUGAUCAAAUAGAAAUAGACCAGCAGAAUGUCUCAGAUGGUGAACAAAGGAACGAAAAAACGAAUCAACAACAAGAUCAAAAUCACGCAACAAAGCAUUCAUCACUUUGUGGUGUAUGUCUUCAGGAAUUUCCCUCAAUUUUAAGUUUAGAGCAACAUCGAGAAAAAAACGGUCAUUACCUUUGCAGUGAAUGUGGCGAGGCUUUGAAAGAUGAUGCAGCAUUUAGGGAGCAUACAGAUAAGAAAUUGUGCAAGAAAGCCGUCUGUAUAUUUUGUGACCAGAAAUUUGUCACCCGUGAUGAGCUGGAAAAUCACAAAGCAACAGUACACCACAAAUGCCUUGAAUGCAACAAACUAUACAACAGUGCAGGUAAGUGAAGUUCAUUUUAAUAGAAAGCAAGCAUGUACAGUAGGAUAAGUGCCCACCAGGUAUAUAUAGACCGAAUUUGGGGGAUUUUAUUCACUACAGAUUUACUCCAUGCAUGCACAAAAAGUCCAGAUUGAUGAGAGGUCCAUUAAAUCAUAUCAGAAUUUCAUUCUCCAAGGCGGUCUUUGGAGUUGACGUUAUACUGUAGUUUCCUGUUACUGGAUCAUUGUAAGAGCUAUGAAACCUUUUUUAAUGUUGUCAGAAUUAAUAUGGAAAUGUUUCUUUUCUCUUUCAGAAAAAUUGUUGGCACACAACGAACGACACCACGGUGCUCCAUAUACCUGCCUACAAUGUGGUGAGGAAUUUCCAACUCAUGCUUUGUGCAAGAAGCAUGCGAUGACUAGACAUAAAAAGAAGAAAUAUCAUUGUCCUGAAUGUGGACGUGGUUUUACGAGAAUGAAUCUUUUAACCAGGCACGCCACCUAUACUCAUAGCGAUGAGAGAAAUUUUCAAUGUGAGGUAAACGCCUAUACCUCAAAACACUUUGACUCUUUGUAAUAUGUUUGUCUAGUUUACACAGUGAACUUAGUCCUCAGCAAUGACCACAUAGUAAUGCUUGAAUGUGUUCGACUCAAAUCACUUCAGAUUAUUGCCUAGUUUAUACAUUUGGAUAUACUGUAGACAAAAUAUUAUAAUAUUUUAAAUGUGUUUGACUCGAAAUCACUACAGUGAAUACAGACAACAUAUAGUAUAAUUUUCUAAAUGUGUUCCACGGGGGUUCGGUGGAGGUAGGUAGUAUUUUCCAAUAAGCUUCUGUAGUUUGGGUCAGAGUUUAAGAAGUAAAACGUUUCAAUUAUACUUCUUUGCCUAGAUUUGCUCAAAGACAUUCAAACGUCCAGAUGCCCUAAAGACUCACAUGAUUACGCAUUCAGACAGCAAACCGUUCCAUUGUGGAAAAUGUGGAAAACAGUUCAGCCAGAAAAUCUGCUACACCAAACAUCUUCCUUGCAAGCAGCGAAAGAACAAAACCAAAUCAAAGAAAGUUGCACCACCAACUAUGGUAGACGACCUGGACAAAUUCGAUGGAGAACCAAGGACUUUGGUAGAUCAUUUAGACAAGUUGUGCGAAAAUAAUCUUAUUGAAAUGUUCGAAAAUGCGAGUUCUGCAAGCCUUGGUGGCGCUAUGAAGGAGAGUGAUAUGAAUCCAAUUAGUGAAGAAAUGUAUAUGGGUUGUUGUUGUCCGCCCACUUGUAGAUGCAAGCAAUUUUCCAUUGGUUUAAAAGUGCAAAUGGAAGAGCCAAAGGGCCCUACACUUGACUCUUCCGAGGAGGUUGCUUCACUGCCGUGCUGUUGUGAUAUUGGGCUUGACAUUACUAUUUCCGAUUAAUGAAUAUAUAUGCAAGAGGACACUGAUAUCUACUUAGUCUUGGACGCCAGCCAUUUGACUUGUGAAUGAGCGGAUGCAUGCAUUUUGUUAUUGAUAUAAGCCGGUUACAGACGAGCAAGUUUUGUAUGACAUGCAUGCGGUUGCCGUCAGUGAUCUAUUGUUGUAGCAGCUAAUAAUAGCAAACGUGGCGGUCCAAAACGUAUGACUUGUCACGGGAAAUUUGUUGCACGUACACACACCGGUGACGCACGUGCAAUUAGCAAAUAAAACUUGUCAUAUGAAAAUGAAAAGUAUCACUCAUACGCUGAUAUACGCUGACAUGCGCUAUAGGCCUAGGAGUACGUUAGGCAUAGGUUGUAUACGUUUGAGGGUUUCAAGCACGGUGGCAUACGGCGAGGCCCGGCGAGACAGAAGCAUUUUUUUAACAUACUUAACAAUUUUGUGCGUAUUUGGACGUACGUUUAUACGAUAAGCAUACUCUAGGCACACGCUGAAUAUGCUAGAGGUACGCCAGAUGUACGGUACUGGCAUUUCAAGGGAUUUUUGUAAUUUUGUGCGUAUGAAAAUUAUUUCAUUAAUUUUCAUACCUUUCUCUCGUACGCAAUAGUGUGACAGGGCCUUUACCGCCUUUUCGGAACCCAAACCGCAAGCGUCCACGUUAAAUUUUAUGGCGACUAGCAAGCAUGUGCUAGUGGGUUUCACUGUCACUAGCGAAAAGUGCAAAGUCGCUAGGAAAAUUUCUAAUUCCAUAUGUAACCAUAAUUAUUCAAUUUACCCUAAUUUUAAUCCAUAAACGCAAACGUUUGUUAGUGAAAUGUUAUUUAAUACCAAAGGCUAAAAUUUUGUUGAGUUAUAGGUUGGAGGCUAGCCCAAAUUGAAAUAUUGGAAAUUGUAAAUAUUUAAUAUUCGAAAUUAGUAGAAGUAUGAUAAUACUAAUAGAAGUUCCUGUUGAAGUAUGUCUUGAUUC